UUAUAAGAUAUAGAUAUGAUUGAUAUAUUAUCAUUACCGCGGCGCCACAAAGUGGCUGCUGGUCAGACGACGGCCAAGCAGCCAAGCUACAAGACUGGAUUACCUAUUAAUAGUUUGCCUGGCUGGGAAUUGAUACCGCUGAACUGUAAACUACCCAUGCUCAAGUGUCCCGGUAAUCAGGUUAUAUUCUCAAAGGACAAAAUCGGCAAUACGUUCAAAUGUAGCAUGCAGGAGUUUGAUUCAUCGGUGACGGUUCAUAUACCAGAGUACAAUCCAUUGCACGAUUCUAAUUUAAAGACCUUCUAUUCGAAUGAGCGGAAUCUGAAGCGUCUCCGUGAGAAUGGAGAGAUUACUGAUGAUAACGAGGUUAUUUGCAAUUUGAAGGAUUUCAAUCAAUUUCGUGAGGAUCUGCACAAAUCGCAGCUGUACUAUGUCUUGCAGGCAUACAGACAACGGGAGGCGGAGCGUCAUGAUCGUUUGCUGAUUGCCAAUGCUGAAGGCAUUUCCAGACGAGAUGAUCUCAAUCCCGCUGGACGUCAUCAUACCCAAGAGGAGGUCUUGGCGCGUAAGCAACGUUUGGACGAGGAGCGCCAUAUGCGUAAGGUUCAGCUCUACAACAUUACGGAGGAGAAGUUCAAGCGUUUGGAGAAUAUGUCAGCCAUGCAACAAAUGUUGCUGGAGCAUCGCAAAAUGCUGACAAAUAUGCGCGUUGAGGCGCACAUUGGAUUGCAUCAGGAUCUGCAGCGAAAGCAUCUCAUUAAGCUCAAAAAGUUGUUCCAGUUUAAAAAGGAUCGCUACAAUAAAAAUAUGCGUAAUCUGCACAAGCAGCGCCUAAUGAAGCACACCGAGGGUCAGAUACAAUCCUGGCACAAGCGUUUAAACGAACGCAUUGCAAAUCAAAGAAGAAUUGAAAUUUUGCUUGCUGAGAUGGAAGUCGAACGGGAAAGUUUCAUUGAGAGUCACAAGCAAAAGUAUCGUGCCAAGUGGGAGGAAAUUCAGAAUGAGAUUAAGGAACGAUCUCACAAGGUAUUACAGGCUCGUAAGCCCAAACGUCCAAAGAAAAAGAAGAAGAAGAGUGCACCGAGACGCAUGCAGCCCUCGUUCUGUGAUGAGUUCCAGGCCACCUUUGAUGGUCUUCUGGACAGCGAGCUAUGCUAUGCUUUGAAUGCUGCUAUUGCAUUGGACGGUCAUGCGCCGGUGACCUUUGCUCCAAAUGAUCCCAUUUAUAAGGCGGCACAAUACAUACUUAAUCAUAUACUUCAGGAUUUCAACAUUGAUCUCAGUGAUGAUGAGUGCGCUCAGUCUGUUCUUAUCAAUCGCAUUAUGAACUUUAUGUGCGAUGCCAAGAAAUAUGUCAACUAUAAAUCGGUGCAGAUCAUUGGCUUUGCCCGGGAUAACAAGGCCAUGGAGAUACCUUCGACAGCAGUGAAGUCUCCCAUGCCGCAGAAGAAUCACUCGCGUGUAUCGCAUGUAUCAUUUAGUGGCGUUGCAUGCACCAUUGGCAUGGGUAGCUACGAGAUACAUCCCUUCGUUGAUGUCAGACCCUGCACAGACCGACGUCCGACACCGGCGGGAUCGCUGACCUCCUUGGUGGUUAGCCAGAUUGGCGAUCAAGUGAUACAGGAGAAGGUUCAUCUGCCGCAUCUGAAUCGCAGUGAAGUUGUCUUCAUAGAACACUAUUUGGUCAAAUUUAAGCGCGAAUUGUUAGUUGGCCUGGACAAGCAGGUAUUUGCCGCCAUACAGUGUCACUUUGAAAAUCGUAUCAUGGAGGUGCGCGAGGAGUUGCUUGAACUGGACAAAGACUUUCUCUAUAAUCAAAUUGCCCUUGGCAUUCUCAGUUUCGCGGUCAAUCCGCUUAACUUUGAGACAGCUCUCAUGCUCGCGGUCAAUGUUCUCUCUAGCGAAAUCAUUUGGGAGCUGCAACAGACGCUACUGAAGCCAGGCAUUGAUCCGCGCGGCAUGUCGCAUCCAACCAGCUGUGGCACCGAUCGCGAUCGUGAAUUGCGUUCAUUUUGCUCAAGUUAAAUGAGCAGAAAUGUUUUGCCUCCCGCAUUUCCCAAUUCCUAAUCGUUUUACAGAAUCUACAGGUUUUUGUUGUUUAUGUCGCAAAAUUUGCAAGUCAAAUAUAUAUAUAUAUAUUAACUAC